GGCAGGGCGAUGAGGAACUCAUCGUUGUCUGACCGAAGCUUCGUCAUGGAGAGUGACGACGACGAGGACGCCGUGGAGGCCGGGAGGCAGGACGGCAGCGACGAAGAGGAGUCCGACGGGUCCUCGUCAUGCGGCAGCCCGCGAGGCCCGGCCGCUGCAGGCCAUCCUAGCUCCUACAGCAGCCACCAGUGGCCACAGAGCUACAGGCAGUCGAUGGACAUAUACAGCAGCGUGCAGUCCCCCGGCCUGAGCGGGUUCCUGGGCACGCCCUCACUCGGCAGGCUCUCCGGCUCCUUCCUGGUGAGCUCGUUCCGUGGGAAGCCGGUACCGGAGAUCGUCAAGCCGCUCCUGCCGACCGCCGUUGCCGUCGACGAUGACCAUGAGGACGCCAGGAAGAGCUCUCAUCAGUACCUGCCGCCUCCGAGGAAGGCGUCGUCUCUGUUCAAGAUCCCCGAGGACCAGAAGCCGCUGGGCGGGGUUGGCCAUGAGGUGGGACCCUACCGUCAGUGCUCCUACACCCAGGGAGUCAUGAACGGAGUGAAUGUGUUAUGUGGUGUGGGGAUUCUGUCAACACCGUAUGCCGUCAGGCAGGGUGGCUGGCUUGGGCUGAUGAUACUGGCCGUGCUCGCCGUGCUGGCGUGGUACACCGGUGUGCUCCUCCGGCGCUGCCUGGACAGCAAAGAAGGCAUCGAGACCUACCCGGACAUCGGACAGGCCGCCUUCGGUACUCCUGGCCGCAUCGUCAUCUCGAUAAUCCUGUACAUGGAACUGUAUGCAUGUUGCAUUGAGUAUCUGAUAUUAGAGAGUGACAAUCUAUCGAAGAUGUUCCCUAAUGCACACCUAACCAUAGGGGCUUUCACCCUGGACUCCCAUGUGUUAUUCGCAAUCCUAACUGCGCUUAUUGUCAUGCCGACAACCUGGCUUCGUGAUCUCAGUUGUCUAAGUUUCAUUUCAGCUGGGGGAGUCAUCGCGUCGAUCGUGAUUGUUGCAUGCCUCUUCUGGGCUGGGCUUGUUGACCACGUGGGUCUCAACAAGGGUGAAGGCACGGCACUGAAUCUCCCUGGGAUCCCCAUUGCCAUUGGCUUGUAUGGAUACUGCUACUCAGGCCAUGGGGUGUUCCCCAACAUCUACUCUUCACUGAAGAAACGCAACCAGUUCAAUGCUGUUCUUUUCACCUGCAUUUCACUAUCCACGGUUUUGUUCGCCGGUGCUGCGGUUAUGGGUUACAUAAUGUUUGGUGAAUCCACAGAGUCUCAGUUCACUCUGAACUUGCCCCCAAAUCUUGUGUCUUCCAAGAUUGCCGUCUGGACUACGGUAACAAAUCCAAUAACUAAAUAUGCACUUACUAUGACUCCUCUUGCACUGAGUUUGGAAGAGCUUCUGCCUCUGAAUCAACAGACGUACCCAAACAUAAUUAUGCUUAGAUCAGCUCUGGUGUUAUCUUCUCUUGUUGUUGCUUUAUCUGUUCCAUUCUUUGGACUUGUGAUGUCCCUUGUUGGGUCUCUACUCACCAUGUUUGUGGCGUAUAUUCUUCCAUGUGCAUGCUUUUUGGCCAUCCUAAGAAGUACAGUGACUUGGUCUCAGAUAGUACUAUGUGUUUUCAUCAUUGCCGUGGGUCUCUGUUGUGCUGGUGUUGGCACAUACUCCUCACUUUCUAAGAUAAUCCAAAAUUACAAGUGAAUCCUUAGGACGCACUAUCAUUUCAAUGUACCAAAAAUUAAUCUUGCACUUGUUGUAGUUUACUUUCGCGGGACAUCUACAAAAAAAAAUCGUGUUAGAUAGGGUAUGCUAUUCAAGGUUAAUUAGUUUGAUGUCGCACUCCUAAUGGGAGUAUUUGUAAGGUGGCUUUACCUCCUUCUUAUGUUGCGUCAUUUUUGUUUGUAAUGAUGAGGUUUGGAUCUUCUGUGUGCCCUUUAAUAUUCAGUUUCUUUGAUUGUGA